AACCGUGCGUGCGCUCCUUUCUCUAGUGCCUCUUCUGGUGGAAGAAUACACCAAGAUAACAAAGACACCAAGAUAACAAACGCACACAGGAGUUGUAGACAUUAUCGCUGGUGUUAUUGUGUUUUAAGUGUAGUGUAGCAACCUCAAAUUAUCGCAGCAUUCGUCUUUUUUUGUGCGUGUGUGAUAUAUUUACUCUUCUGCUGGGUAAACUUUUUUGAGGAGUGCAAGUGUCAGGAAGGUAUCGCUUGCUCCUCGUCCUCCCGUGUGUGCGGUGGUGACCCGGUAAGUCAGCGGCGCGUGGUGUUGACAUGCGCACGUGACUGACUGGCUGGGUUAUUACAACAUGGGUAACGCAUCGUGCCGCACUAUCAAGACCGUCGUCAUGCGCAAGUCCGAACCAGUUGCAGACAUUGCCCUUAUUGGGCUGGCGGUGAUGGGCCAGAACCUCAUCCUUAACAUGAACGACCAUGGCUGGGUUGUCUGUGCCUACAACCGUACAACAGAGAAGGUGGACAAAUUUUUGGCCAAUGAAGCAAAGGGAACCAAAGUUGUGGGGGCCCAUUCUCUUCAAGAAAUGGUUGCGAAGCUUAAGAGACCACGUCGUAUAAUGAUUCUUGUCAAGGCUGGAGCAGCUGUGGACAGCUUCAUUGAGAAACUAAUCCCCCUUCUGGACAAGGGAGAUAUUAUUAUUGAUGGUGGCAACUCUGAGUACCAAGACACACAGAGAAGGUGUCAGCAACUUGCAGAGAAGGGCCUUCUGUAUGUUGGGUCUGGUGUUUCAGGGGGAGAGGAGGGGGCUCGUUAUGGUCCUUCCCUCAUGCCUGGUGGGCACAAGGAGGCCUGGCCACACAUCAAAGAUAUCUUCCAGAGUAUUUGUGCCAAGUCAAAUGGAGAGCCUUGCUGUGACUGGGUCGGCGAAGAUGGUGCUGGUCAUUAUGUUAAGAUGGUUCACAACGGUAUUGAGUAUGGAGACAUGCAACUCAUCUGUGAAGCUUAUCACCUUAUGAAGUCUGGCCUGGGCAUGGACUGUGACGAGAUGAGUAAGGUGUUUACAGAAUGGAACCAAGGAGAACUGGACUCUUUCCUCAUUGAAAUUACUGCAAAUAUCUUAAAGUUCAAGGACACAGAUGGUUCUGCAUUGGUGGAGAAGAUUAGGGAUGCUGCAGGUCAGAAAGGCACAGGCAAGUGGACAGCAAUAUCUGGGCUGGAUUAUGGUACUCCGACCACACUUAUUGCCGAGUCUGUGUUUGCUCGUUGCUUGUCUUCCUUGAAGGAUGAACGUGUGAAGGCCAGUAAUGUGCUGGAAGGUCCUGGAGACAGUAAAUACUCCGGUGAUAAACAAGAAUUUAUUGAAAAUAUCCGUAAGGCUCUCUAUGCAAGCAAAAUUGUGUCUUAUGCUCAGGGGUUCAUGUUGCUGCGGGAAGCUGCUGCCAAAUUCGGCUGGAACUUAAACUACGGUGGUAUUGCUCUUAUGUGGCGUGGAGGUUGUAUUAUUAGAAGUGUGUUCCUGGGUAAGAUCAAAGAUGCUUUUGGCAAGAACCCACAACUGACCAAUCUUCUCUUGGAUGACUUUUUCAAAGAGGCUGUAGGCAAGUGCCAAUCAGGGUGGCGGGCUGUUGUGGCCCAGGGUGCUCUGCUCGGUAUCCCUACACCUGCUCUUAGCUCUGCCCUUGCAUUUUAUGAUGGCUACAGGUCUGCUGUGCUCCCUGCCAACCUUAUUCAGGCCCAAAGAGACUAUUUUGGAGCACACACUUAUGAGCUGGCUGCAUCACCUGGUAAAUUCCAUCACACUAACUGGACUGGUACUGGGGGUAAUGUGUCAGCAACUACAUAUGAUGCUUAAAGAUUUACUCUUUAAUGUUAUAAAUGCCUCUGUACCAUCUGUAAAGAAGGGGUUGUUGUUCCUUUCAUACUUUUGUCAUCCAGUUGACACCUGUUAUACUUUCUCCUAUUUGUCUCUCAGUUGUCUAAAUACAGUGCUGUAGCUUGUCUUUCAAACAGAGAUAGAUUCCAAAAGCAUAAUGAAUAAUUGAUGUUAUUGGACAAUUUAAAGUAUUUAAUACAGUUUUAUUUACAUAUCUACGUGAGAGAUAUCAGAAGCUCAGAGACGAGUCAUAGGUUGUGUGAACAAAUUGCAACUAAUUGACGGAUGAGAAGAUAGUAAUAAAUUAUCAAAGACAUUCCUUCAGUUAAACUUAUAGAUUCUCAAUAAGUAAUUCUUUAUUGAAUACUUAACAGCUAUUUUGCUAAUUGCCUUUUAUUUUAUAAUUUUAUAUAUUUUUACUGCAUACAGUAUAUAUAUAAAACUUGGAGGGUAGCAUUCUGUUAGAUUGCUUCAUUCUAUUUGGAUUCCAUGGCUAAGCAAAUCACUAAGUAACUAACUGUACAUUGCCACUGUUAGGAGUAACCUUGGUUCAAAUGAGUUAGGUUAGGUUGGAACAAUAAUAUGAUGGAUCUAUCAAACUAUCCUCAUAGGCUGUGACAACAUAGUGUGCAUGAUGAUGUCAACACUAGAGUACAGGUAGCAGUUGUAUUGUGUCAGCGUAAAGGUAAUAAUUUAAUUAUCUAUUAUUAUACAGAAGAGAGUCUAGAAAGAUCUCUAGGAAUACAACUAAGCUCCAGGUAGUAUACAGUAUUAGUUGACGAUGUUGCAUUAUUAUUUUAAUUUUUACUGAAACUUGCAGACUUUUACACAUUUCUCCAACAUGAAGGGAAAAAAUACAUCAAAUUAGAGUGCGUGAAAAUUUUUUUACUUUGUGAGUUUAUGCAAUAAUUUUAAACUUAGAUGUACAGUUUCAUUAAUUAUCUUUUUAUAACUGUCAAGUAUUAUAUUUUAUUACUGGGAUUAACUAAAGUUAAUAAUUUUAUUUAUUGUACAUGACAUAAACAUUUUAUGAUCAGAGUACAUCUUGGUGCAUUCCUAACAUUCCAGUAGUAAUUAUACUUCUUGAGUUACAGCAGUGUAUGAUGGUACUUGGAAUUCAGAUCAAGUAAUCACAAUCUGGUUCCAGGCAUUUAGAGUCUUCAGAUUAUAAUCGAGUUGUCUGGCAAUUCAGAUGUAUAAAAUAGCGUUCUACAGUGUAUUUAGGAACUUCUAAGUAUCAAAGUUAUUACAAAGCCACAGAUUCACCAAGAGGCCUUAUUUCUCAAAAGUGGUUCUCAUACUUUUAUGGUACUUUUUAAAAGUUGCUUGGUAAUGAAAUAAAAGAGUUUUAUGAAUUUUAAUAAUAUAUACUUAUAGAAUAUU